CCCUCCCAAUCAUGUGAUUCAGGUGUUCCAAUCCCCUCCCAAUUAUGUGAUUCAGGUGUUCCAAUCCCCUCCCAAUCAUGUGAUUCAGGUGUUCCAAUCCCCUCUCAAUCAUGUGAUUUAGGUGUUCCAAUCCCCUCCCAAUCAUGUGAUUCAGGUGCUCCAAUCCCCUCCAAUCAUGUGAUUCAGGUGUUCCAAUCCCCUCCCAAUCAUGUGAUUCAGGUGCUCCAAUCCCCUCCAUAUCAUGUGAUACAGGUGCUCCAAUCCCCUCCAUAUCAUGUGAUUCCGGUGCUCCAAUCUCCUCCGUAUCAUGUGAUCCAGGUGUUCCAAUCCCCUCCAUAUCAUGUGAUUCAGGUGUUCCAAUCCCCUCCAUAUCAUGUGAUUCAGGGGUUCCAAUCCCCUCCAUAUCAUGUGAUUCAGGUGUUCCAAUCCCCU